AUAUCGAACACUUUCUUCACACACCAAAACCAAACCAAAACCAAAUAUUCAAAAACCCAGCUCAGCCAGUUUGAUUUGAACACCCAAAUGCCGUCGGACUCAGGCGAUCAGCAGCAGAAGAGCAGCCAGAACCGGAGGACGGUGAAAGACGCCCAGGCCACGGGGGCACCACCGCCGGAGCAAGAGCACCUGCCCUGCCCACGCUGCGACUCCACCAACACCAAGUUCUGCUACUACAACAACUACAACUUCUCCCAGCCCCGCCAUUUCUGCAAGUCCUGCCGCCGCUACUGGACCCACGGCGGCACGCUCCGCGACAUCCCAGUAGGCGGCGGAACCCGCAAAAACACCAAGCGCUCCCGCACGGCCACCUCCGCCACCACAACCACCGCCACUUCUGACAACAACGCAAUUUCCGCCACCCCUGUUUUUCUGAACCCAGGUGGUGGAGCGGCCUUACAGUUCGGUGAUUGGAAGGGUAACAUGGGAAAUGGAUGCGGUGGCGAUGGGAGCUUCAAUUCUCUCCUCAACACCCACGGGCCUGGUGGGUUUUUGGCUCUGGGCGGGUUCGGGCUUGGGCUUUCAGGUGGGUUCGAGGAGAUGGGCUUUGGGCUUGGGAGAGCUUUUUGGCCUUUUCCUGCGAUGGGAGGAGAUUGUGGUUCCGGUGGACCCCACGGCGGGAUGAUGAACACGUGGGAGAUCGAGAACGGAGAGGGUGGUGGGAUUGUGAAUGUGGGUGUCAGCCCUGUCGGAGCUGAGUUAUGUUCUUGGCCGGAGUUGGCAAUUUCUUCUCCUGGAAAUGGACUCAAGUGAAAAAAAAAUCUGUGUCUUUUGGGUCUCUUUGUAAUUCUCUACUCUUUUUGGUUUGUAAUGGGGAAUGUCGUGUUUUAAUGCUCUAGGGUUUUUAAUGUUAGUGUCGAGGCCUUGAAUCUAUAUGUCCGAGAACUACUGCCUAAAUUGUAGUAAAUUGUAUUUUGGUCCCA